AUGUUUGCACCGUUUGUCCUUCAUAUGACGUCUCGUCCAGGAACCAGGUACUUCUCUUUUACCUUUAGGGCCAUGUCGGUCAUACGAGAAACAAUCUGUGGUGUCAAUACACAGCUGGACCGUCUACAGCAACAUGUCACAGUCCAGACCUUGGAGACAUCCCAGUCUCGUGAAUAUGUCGGCCAAUUAGAAGAGGUCAUACAUUCAAUCUCUGUGACUUCCAAGACACAGCCUCUCCUAGCCCCCAAUCGGCUGGCAGACCUGCUAUCCGAUCCGAUCUUUUCGACCCUGCAGGUACAGCCCAAUAUCCCGGGCCUCUCGGACGAGGAGACUGGUGACUAUGUGUGGCUAGUCGCGGCAAAGGCUGCCGCGCAGAUCUCCGGCCUGAUGAUGAAUGCGCUACUAGACCAAACGCUACAAUUAAGCGACGAGACCUACUAUUGGACUGAGAUACUCGGAUCAAUCUGGUAUAGUGGUCUAUAUGCUCUUCAGAAAUCGCCAGGACAACUGUGUCGAUGGACCCAGGAUGCCUACCGUGCACAGAUUGACCAAGGGACACCAUCCAUCGCCGAAAGGUGGAAUCAGUUUUAUCAGAUUGCGAGUCAAAAUGCGUGGCAGUUUGGGGGUCACUCCGUGCGUUCCCAUAUGCUCGCCCCGAUUCGAUCCUGCCGGGCAGAAAUCCGACAGAAACGGGACCUACUGUUGGCCAUGAAGGAACUUCAUACCAGUAGUCUGGGCCUUUUAAUGGAAGGGUGGCACCUUUUUGCGACUACCAACUCCACAGACACCAAUGCCGAACCUUCCAGCAAGGGCUGGCAAGACCAAACCAAAAAAUCCGUGAGUUUAAUCGAAGCUAUUUUCAAACAGAUGGCACUCAAACCCAGCACCCAUGAGUUUGAAGAAGGUGUGUUCACCGCUCUCAAUACGAAUCCCGAGCGCAUGCACCUACAAACAGAAUCGAGUGGUGCGCAAACGCCUUUGGACUUGAUCGAGCGACUGGUCCAUGUUCUCCGCGAGGAGCUGCCAAAUCACACUCACUCCAUCUCGCGAUUCAUUGGUCAUCAUGGCCGCCCGUCUCGCAUUGUUCGCUAUUGGCUACCGGUAUCACUUGCAAUCUUGUCGACGAGUGCAUCGACCAAGUUUCUGUUCAACCGACAAGACCAAAUUAUUCAGGGAGUGGUCAACAUUGGUUCUACGACCCUUGAUUUCUGGGGAAAUUGGGUUGUAGACCCGAUUCGAAAACUCAUCGGUACGAUCCGACACGACGAGAAGAGUGAAAUUGCCAUCAUGAGCAAAAACAGCUUGCUCGCUGAUCGGGCUAGCUUGGAAAGAAUGGUGGUGGACUUUGUUCGAGAUCGGCCAGACCCUCAUGGGGGGUUGGCCGAUACCACUACCAUUGUCAAUUCAGUCAAAGAGGGGGACCUAACACCUGUAUUGAAGGCAUAUGAAAGGGACCUUCGAUCGCCCCUCAUGGGGACCGUGAGAGGCGACCUCAUCCGUGCGCUUUUAAUUCAGAUCCAAAAAACUAAAGUUGACGUGGAGAUUGCCAUCAGUGGAAUUGAUGCCCUGCUGAAGAGCCAAGAGCUUGUGUUUGGCUUUGUUGGCCUGACUCCUGGGAUACUCGUCUCCCUGGCUACUCUCCGGUGGUUGGGUGGCCUUUUCGGCAAUAGACGAGGAUCGCAAACCGGCAAACAGCGCCAUCAGCUCAAACGUGGAUUGCGAAAUGUGGCUCGCAUUUUGACUUCAUCUGCUGUGUCGCCCGACGGGACUGUUCCUUACAAGGAUUUUGGGCAGUUGAUUUGCGAAGUGGAGGCACUUCUCCAACAUGUGAAGACCGUUUCCAAUGGCCUGCAAUACCGAGAGUUCCGUGAAGACAUUCAAGAUCUCCUCAACGUUCAACAUGGAGUGGAUAAGCAGCUUCGGGUGAUUGAACGGAUGAGGUGGACAUACUUCCAAUGA